UUUCAAUCACAAGGUCUCUGGAAUCAAAGUUAAAGAGCUUCAUCAUUUCACAAUGAUGAGAGUAAAUAACCUGUAGAAUAUAUAUACUCACAGAGGCAGCUGUACAAUUCCACACAUCCCAGAGACCUCCACAAGCUUCUGGAACAUGAGGGUCCUUUUAUUUUUGGGAACUGCUCUGCUUUUUACAUUGGUCUUUGCUGACCAUCAAGAAGGCCACCAUAAAGAAGGCAAUGAUGACGACCAUGAUCACAAACAUGACCAUGACCACCAUGAUCACAAACACGAUCAUGACCACCAUGAUCACAAAGAUGGCCAUCACAAGAAAGGGAAACACCAUCACCAUAACGAGUCCUUGCCCUGCCACAAGAUAGCUGAUUACAAUUCCAAAUUCUCCUUCGACCUGUAUCGACAUGUAGCUCUAGAUCAUCCUUCUGAGAACAUUGUCUUGUCCCCUUUCAAUAUUUUAACUGCAUUUGCUUUCCUGUCCCUUGGUGCUAAGGCUCAGACUCACUCACAGAUCAUAGAAGGACUCCGUUUCAACACUUCUGAGAUCUCAGAACAAGAAAUUCAUGAAUGUUUCCACAAUCUUCUGGUUCUUCUGAAUGAUGUAGACCGGGAGCUACAGCUUAGCAGUGGGAAUGCUCUCUUCAUUUCCAAGAAACACAAGAUUCUUGAGACAUUCUUAGAUAAAUCCAAGAAGUUCUACCACUCAGAGGCAUUUUCUACUGAUUUCAAAAACACAGAAGAAGCAAGAAAUCAAAUUAACAGCUAUGUGGAGAAGAACACCCAUGGCAAGAUCGCUAAGCUGCUGGACAGUGUAGACCAGGAUGCCAUUCUUUACCUCAUCAGCUACAUUUAUUUUAGAGGACAAUGGCAAAAUCCAUUUGAAGAGGAAUUAACAAAAGAAGGAGACUUUCACGUCAAUAAGAACACAACGGUAAAAGUACCUUUCAUGAGCAGAACAGGAUUUUAUGAUGUGGCCUUUCACAAUGAGGCCACAUUGGUCUCCAUACCCUACAAAGGAGGUGCCAAAGCCUAUUUCAUUCUGCCAAAUGAAGGAGAGUUGUCCAAAGUGGAACAAAAUUAUAGCAAAGAAGCAUUUGACAAAUGGAAGACAUCAAUGCGUAAUCGGUUGGUGGAGUUAAACCUUCCCAAAUUCUCUGUCUCCGGCACUGUCAACCUGAAAGAAGCAUUAAGUAAAAUGGGCUUAGAAAAUGUUUUCUCAGACAGCGCAGAUUUUUCUGCGAUUACUGAAGAUGCCACCAUAAAGAUAUCAAAAGCUGUCCAUAAAGCUGUGCUCAGUGUUGAUGAGAGGGGGACAGAAGCGGCAGGUGCCACCGCACUGGAGGCAAUCCCCACUUUGCUUCCUCCUCAGAUUGCGUUUAAUCGUCCUUUCUUGAUGACAUUGUAUAACGAAAAAUCUAACAUCUUUACCUUCUCCGCAAGAAUUGUCAACCCAUAGAAAUGAUUCUCUCCUAACAUUUCUUUGAAUAAAAUGCUAAAGUAUA